GGAAACAGGAGGAUUUAUUUACAUGUACACCGGCUCAGUGGAUUUGUAUCUGAAAAGCUGACCAUUGAACAAAGACUGAGUGUGGUUUUUAUAGGCAAACUUACAGAAGCAAAACAAAAGCAGUUAAUGAUACAGUCACAGGUCAUGUAAUCUAUAGCAUAACUGCUGACUUAGCAUAACUUGUGGCUUUGCACAGCUGUUGGCCUUGCAGCCGUGUCAAAAGAAAAAGAGUCUACAAAUCUUACUAAAUACAACCAUUGGCAAACAUAGUCAUAUUUAAUGGUUCAGAAAAGGAGAGACAGUAAAGGAAUUUUUCUUUUCAACUUUGCUCCGGAGGAGGGUGUCUGGAGCCCAUUCCUUUGGCCUCGACUUUUCAGACAGUGUUAUCUUAUAACUGUCCUUGAAGUGAGCUGGCUAAGCAAAGGAAAACUUGUUCUUGUUUUCUUUUUAACCUUUACCCCUUGCCACAUAAUCACAUCUUUACACUUCUUUUUUUUUUUUUUUUUUUGAGACGGGAAGUCGGAGUCUCGCUCUGCCGCCCAGGCUGGAGUGCAGUGGUGCCAUCUCGGCUCACUGUAACCUCUGCCUCCCAGGUUCAAGUGAUUCAAGCCAUUCUUGUGCCUCUGCCUCCUGAGUAGCUGGGAUUAUAGGCGCACACCACCACACCUGGCGAAUUCUUAUUUAUUUUUUUUUUUUUUUGAGGCUGAGUCUCACUCUGUCGCCCAGGCUGGAGUGCAAUGGAGCAAUCUCGGCUCACUGCAACCUCCGCCUCCUGGGUUCAAGCGAUCCUCCUGUCUCAGCUUCCUGAUUAGCUGGGAUUACAGGCGCCCUCCACCACACCCAGUUAAUUUUUCUAUUUUUAGUGGAGACGGUGUUUCACCAUGUUGGCCAGGCUGGUCUCAAACUCCUGACCUCAAGUGAUCCGCCCACCUCAGCUUCCCAAAGUGCUGGGAUUACAAGCGUGAGCCACCGCGCCCAGCCAGGAAACCCAUUUUCAACACCUCCUUGCUCUUUUUUUUUCUGAGACGGAGUCUCGCUCUGUCGCCCAGACUGGAGUGCAGUGGCGCAAUCUCGGCUCACUGCAACCUCCGCCUGCCAGGUCAAACAAUUCUCCUGCCUCAGCCUCCCAAGUAGGUGGGACUACAGGCAUGUGCCACCACACCCGGCUAAUUUUCUUUUGUAUUUUUAGUAGAGACGGGGUUUCACCAUGCUGGCCAGGCUGGUCUCGAACUCCUGACCUCGUGAUCGGCCCGCCUCGGCCUCCCAAAGUGCUGGGAUUACAGGCGUGAGCCACCGCGCCUGGCCUUCCUUGCUCUUCUUGCUCCAAAUCCUGGGAACGUCUGAAUCAACAGGCGGGCAUCUGUCAAACCUUCCUAGCAACUACGCCUGCGGAUGGCCAACCUGACCCUGGAAGAGAGUGGGGUUUAGUUAAGUACAGAUUGUACAUCGGGGGCCUCAUAAGGCGCCUGGAAGCAUUCAAGAACACCACGCUUGUAAGGACAAAGCACUCGGUCACGGGCGCCUUUACUUCGGAGCUCCGCGCUGCUGCUGGACGAGCGUCCGUUGAGUCCCAGCCCCAACUUUUCCAGGAAAUGGCGGUGAGCCCUCUAGUGAGAUAUUUUUUGGCCUGGGCCUCAGUUUCUCCAUCUGUCAAUGGGGGAAGGGUAAGGCGGGCUAGAGGACCCCGACCAGGUCGGCUGCAGCCUUCGGAAGCUACGGCCCAGGGACGCCACACCAAGGCAGGUCUGCGGGACGAAAGAACGCAAGAACCCGGUCGCACAUUGGCGCCGGUCCCGGGCUCAAGGGGCAGCAACGAAGAGACGCUGGACCUGGCCGUUCCUCGCACACAUCUCUAACCUUCUGUGCCUCUCAAGGGAGAUGGGGUGAGCAUAGCCACCUCCACUGGAGCCCGAAAAUCCCCGGCCGAGAUACCGCCACUAAAAAGGUACACAUGCGUCAAAGCCUCUCAGAGCCAUUUCCGCUAACGUACUCAGGGUGACGGGCGUAAGAUGGCGGCCGCGCAGGCGCAAAAUGUCGCAGCCGUAGGGAGGCUCCGCCUCUGACGCUUGCCUUGCAUCACGUGGUAAUGGCCGCUCCAAAAACGCCUUAGCGAAAACCAGAGCGUGCCCUCGUCACGUGAUGGAGGACUCCCAGUACGGCAAAGGGAAGGCGCCAAAAGUUGUUGUCAGAUGGCGAAGGAAACCGCGAAAUUCGCCAUUGUCACAUGAUGGAGAAACCUAUCGAAAGCGGAGGGAAAGGUGCCGAAGUCACGUGACUACGCACGCAAACACUCCCGCUUGCACCACGUGACAACUCACGCCCACCCCCACCCCCUCAGCCCCCCCUUAUCUCUUUUCGCCCCUCCCUCCCAUUUGGGUUGGGCCUGCGUCGAGGCGCAACGCGGCGUCAAAGGGGCGGGGCUUCAGCCGGUCACGUGUUCCCGCACCUCCCCGGCGCGCGCCUGCCCGCCCGCCCGCUCGCCCCCGGUCCGGACUCCUCCUCCUCCUCUUCUCGCCAUUGCAGUUGGACCCAGCAGCCCGGCGCGCACCGCGUGGCUUUUGGGGGCAGACCCCGGCGGGCUGUGGCAGGAGGGCGGCGGCGGCGGCUGCGGUCGAAGAAGGGGACGCCGACAAGAGUUGAAGUAUUGAUAACACCAAGGAACUCUAUCACAAUUUGAAAAGAUAAGCAAAAGUUUGAUUUCCAGACACUACAGAAGAAGUAAAAAUGCGUCCAAUGCGAAUUUUUGUGAAUGAUGACCGCCAUGUGAUGGCGAAGCAUUCUUCCGUUUAUCCAACACAAGAGGAGCUGGAGGCAGUCCAGAACAUGGUGUCCCACACGGAGCGGGCGCUCAAAGCUGUGUCCGACUGGAUAGACGAGCAGGAAAAGGGUAGCAGCGAGCAGGCAGAGUCCGAUAACAUGGAUGUGCCCCCAGAGGACGACAGUAAAGAAGGGGCCGGGGAACAGAAGACGGAGCACAUGACCAGAACCCUGCGAGGAGUGAUGCGGGUGGGCCUGGUGGCAAAGGGCCUCCUACUCAAGGGGGACUUGGAUCUGGAGCUGGUGCUGCUGUGUAAGGAGAAGCCCACAACCGCCCUCCUGGACAAGGUGGCCGACAACCUGGCCAUCCAGCUUGCUGCUGUAACAGAAGACAAGUACGAAAUACUGCAAUCUGUCGACGAUGCUGCGAUUGUGAUAAAAAACACAAAAGAGCCUCCGUUGUCCCUGACCAUCCACCUGACAUCCCCUGUUGUCAGAGAAGAAAUGGAGAAAGUAUUAGCUGGAGAAACGCUAUCAGUCAACGACCCCCCGGACGUUCUGGACAGGCAGAAAUGCCUUGCUGCCUUGGCGUCCCUCCGACACGCCAAGUGGUUCCAGGCCAGAGCCAACGGGCUGAAGUCUUGUGUCAUUGUGAUCCGGGUCUUGAGGGACCUGUGCACUCGUGUGCCCACCUGGGGUCCCCUCCGAGGCUGGCCUCUCGAGCUCCUGUGUGAGAAAUCCAUUGGCACGGCCAACAGACCGAUGGGUGCUGGCGAGGCCCUGCGGAGAGUGCUGGAGUGCCUGGCGUCGGGCAUCGUGAUGCCAGAUGGUUCUGGCAUUUAUGACCCUUGUGAAAAAGAAGCCACUGAUGCUAUUGGGCAUCUAGACAGACAGCAACGGGAAGAUAUCACACAGAGUGCGCAGCACGCACUGCGGCUCGCUGCCUUCGGCCAGCUCCAUAAAGUCCUGGGCAUGGACCCUCUGCCUUCCAAGAUGCCCAAGAAACCAAAGAAUGAAAACCCAGUGGACUACACCGUUCAGAUCCCACCAAGCACCACCUAUGCCAUUACGCCCAUGAAACGCCCAAUGGAGGAGGACGGGGAGGAGAAGUCGCCCAGCAAAAAGAAGAAGAAGAUUCAGAAGAAAGAGGAGAAGGCAGAGCCCCCCCAAGCUAUGAAUGCCCUGAUGCGGUUGAACCAGCUGAAGCCAGGGCUGCAGUACAAGCUGGUGUCCCAGACUGGGCCCGUCCAUGCCCCCAUCUUUACCAUGUCUGUGGAGGUUGAUGGCAAUUCAUUCGAGGCCUCUGGGCCCUCCAAAAAGACGGCCAAGCUGCACGUGGCCGUUAAGGUGUUACAGGACAUGGGCUUGCCGACGGGUGCUGAAGGCAGGGACUCGAGCAAGGGGGAGGACUCGGCUGAGGAGACCGAGGCGAAGCCAGCAGUGGUGGCCCCCGCCCCAGUGGUAGAAGCUGUCUCCACCCCUAGUGCGGCCUUUCCCUCAGAUGCCACUGCCGAGAACGUAAAACAGCAGGGGCCGAUCCUGACAAAGCACGGCAAGAACCCAGUCAUGGAGCUGAACGAGAAGAGGCGUGGGCUCAAGUACGAGCUCAUCUCCGAGACCGGGGGCAGCCACGACAAGCGCUUCGUCAUGGAGGUUGAAGUGGAUGGACAGAAGUUCCAAGGUGCUGGUUCCAACAAAAAGGUGGCGAAGGCCUACGCUGCUCUUGCUGCCCUAGAAAAGCUUUUCCCUGACACCCCUCUCGCCCUUGAUGCCAACAAAAAGAAGAGAGCCCCAGUACCCGUCAGAGGGGGACCGAAAUUUGCUGCUAAGCCACAUAACCCUGGCUUCGGCAUGGGAGGCCCCAUGCACAACGAAGUGCCCCCACCCCCCAACCUUCGAGGGCGGGGAAGAGGCGGGAACAUCCGGGGACGAGGGCGCGGGCGAGGAUUUGGUGGCGCCAACCACGGAGGCUACAUGAAUGCCGGUGCUGGGUAUGGAAGCUAUGGGUACGGAGGCAACUCGGCGACAGCAGGCUACAGUCAGUUCUACAGCAACGGAGGGCAUUCUGGGAAUGCCGGUGGCGGUGGCGGCGGGGGCGGUGGUGGCUCCUCCGGCUAUGGCUCCUACUACCAAGGUGACAACUACAACUCACCGGUGCCCCCAAAACACGCUGGGAAGAAGCAGCCGCACGGGGGCCAGCAGAAGCCCUCCUACGGCUCGGGCUACCAGUCCCACCAGGGCCAGCAGCAGUCCUACAACCAGAGCCCCUACAGCAACUAUGGCCCUCCACAGGGCAAGCAGAAAGGCUAUAACCAUGGACAAGGCAGCUACUCCUACUCGAACUCCUACAACUCUCCCGGGGGCGGGGGCGGAUCCGACUACAACUACGAGAGCAAAUUCAACUACAGUGGUAGUGGAGGCCGAAGCGGCGGGAACAGCUACGGCUCAGGCGGGGCAUCCUACAACCCAGGGUCACACGGGGGCUACGGCGGAGGUUCUGGGGGCGGCUCCUCAUACCAAGGCAAACAAGGAGGCUACUCACAGUCGAACUACAACUCCCCGGGGUCCGGCCAGAACUACAGUGGCCCUCCCAGCUCCUACCAGUCCUCACAAGGCGGCUAUGGCAGAAACGCAGACCACAGCAUGAACUACCAGUACAGAUAAGCCCCCGCGGGGCGGAGAUUUCUACCUUCUGCACUUACUCCCCAUCAGAAGAUCGAGUUUUAUGCAUCACAGUUAACAUGUCAGCUGGCCCUCCAGGCCCCCGCCCCCACCCCGUCCACGUUGCUGUGUCGUGAGGUGCAGCGGGUCACCCUGUGGCCCGUCCUGUGACCCAUAUUUAGCCGUGUUUGGGACUCCGUGUCUUCAAUGGUUUGUUAGUUGCCAUUACAACUUUGUCUGGGUAGAGUUUUUGAGUUUUUGCAGUUCAGUAUCCCUCUGUCUAUUCACACUUCGUGUUAGUGGUAACUCAGUUUGUCUUUAAAUAGUUACGGAAGGGAUACGUCAUUUGUUAAUGCUUUUGUGAAGUGAGUUAAACGAGCUUUCUGUAUUUUAAUGCUUUAGUGUUUCAGUUUUAUAAGUGAAGAUUUUAUUUUAAAAACCAGUGGGAAAGAGUGGGGGGUUUCUUUUUAUGUCUGGGUCAUUCAGGCAGUACAUCUGAAUUAAGCUGAAUGUAGACAAAUAAAGAAAAACAAAACUGCGCCCGUCUUAGGCCUGGGUGUCUGACCCACCAGCAGUGCAAUGGGCAGGUUUCCCCACUCUAUUCCUGCUCUUGGGAAAGCAGGGUGGGCCAUCAGGAUGGUCCCUGGUCCUUAGAGAGGGUCCAGUUCCAGGCUUCCAGACAUUUUACUCAUGCUCAGUGAAGGCUGGUUCCUGGUCCCCUGGGCUGUGUAGACCCGGUGUCCCACUAGGCUCCAGGCUCCCACCGUCUACAGAGGGGCUUACAGCGCCCAUUCUGGUCUUGGGGAACCCAUCACAAAAUAGGCUUUUUCUGCUCCCUGAUUCUGGUGUAGUUCUAAGUACACAGUGAUGUCUUCUGUAGGGGCGUGCCUGUGGUGGAACAUAACGCAGUUACAAAAGAAAGGGCAGGUGAGGCCUGGGUAACCCCAGCCAUGGACCGUCAGUGGCUGGAGGGAGCUUCGUGUCUGUGCUGGAGCUGCAGCCUGCUCGCCAUCUGGGAGGCUCAGUGGAGUGGGGAGUUGGGGUUCUCAUACCAGCAGAUUUCCCUAGAGUGUGAUUCUCCCAUCUGAGGCAAUCUUGCCUCCCAGGGGAAAUUUUGCAAUGUUUGGAGGAUGUUGUCAACAGCUAGUAGCGGGUGCUCUGGGAUCUGGUGGAUAGAUGCCAAGGAUGCUGUCAAGCAUACUAUGCUGCCCAGAACAGUGGCCCAUAGCAGGGACCUGCCCUAUCAAAGUAUCAGGCGUAUGGAGGUGGAGACCCCAUGCUAGAGCAGCCCUUCUCUUCUCCACCCUGCCUGGGGAGGGAGGAGGAGCUCUGGUUUCAGGGCAGUGCUGGGAUUGCCUUUCCCCAGGAUCUGUGUCGGCCAUCCAGGAAGAACUGUACUGGCCAAGCCUGGGACCACACGUCUGUAGAGAUCCUGCUCUGCUGGCCUGAGCCCCAGGCCUUGGCCUCCUGUGCUUGGGUAACCAUGGCCACUGGGAAAAGCAAGGACCAUGUUUGACUUUCUUGGAGAGGUGAAAGAGGUGAAAGAACAAGUUGUGUGCUAGAAAACUUUUGAGGAAUUCUCAUUUGUGUUAGAGCAGAGGAGGUUCCAGAUACCAAGUGGCGCCUCCCAGGAAAGGCUGGGAGAAGAGGUGGCCUGGAGUACCCCGAGAUCCCAGCAGCGCACACAGUGGAGGGAUGAGGAUGGAUGGGUCCUAACCCCCGAUUCUGAUGGGAUGUGUUCAUGUCCUGUCUCCUCUCCUGGACACAUUAAGGGGUUGGGACAAGAAGAGACUCCUGUGAGAUCAGCAGACCUUGUGUUUAAGGAGAGAAUGCCUGCCUGCAACACUCAUGGAGAGGGACACUUCCUGGCCCCACCUGCUAAAUACCUCCAAACUCUGGGCAGGCGCCUGCAUUCUCAACACAGGACUUCCCUUACAGUUUCCCGAUCAGUGACCACCACCACGUUCAGGUUUCUGAAUGCAGACCCACCACGAGGGAUGGAUUCCACCCGCCCGCCCUGCUGCAUAUGUGCGGCACAGCAGGCACGUGUCUGGAGAGAACAGCUCCUGAGCACAGCACCCUUGGAGCCCUCACCCCGCUCACGAUCCUCACCAGUGCUGAUGAUGCCGUCGUGCUGCUGGCCUGAGACAGUAUCCCAGCUACAACAGGACGACACCGGGUUCAGGAAUAUGUGGCUAUCACCUUGAGCACUGACAGUGGCCUUCCAGGCUAGUUGCCUUCCAAACGCAGGUAGCCGACCUGCAGGAGGGCCUACAAACGGGCCCAGCAAGAGCUGGGCAACAGCUGGCUUGUGAAAUGAGACACCUCGACCAAUAUGCUUUGGGUGGACGGUGUCCUACAUGUUCAGUGGAGGCCACCAGGAGCAUCCAUGAGCGGGGAAGGGGUCCACACCCUUACAUGGCGAGUUGAUACGAUGGGGUGCUUGGUGGAUGGGCCAUGGAGGUCCGUGAGCUGGAACUGGGCACACGCCAUCCGAGAGGGCUCAGGAUGCCCCAGGAAGGAAAGAAGGGCAACAGACUACACGACUGGACGUGUGUGGUUGACUGGGAUGAAGUUGGAGGGAGGGGCAGGGCCUUGCAGGGGAUUGGUACUGAUCCCAGGGAGGAAGUGUUGGGGCUUGAUGAACUAGGAUGAAAGGAGGCCUCUGAGCCAUGACAAGGGGCACAUCCAGGAUUUCCGCCACCCUGAAUUUAGUAGAGCUAGUAGGCCCUGGUUGUCACUCUGGGCAGGGAUGCUGUCAGCCUUGAGGGUCGCCACCCACCUGUGUGUUGCCCUCUGUCCUGGCAGGGAAACACACACCCCUUGUCUCACCACCAACCUUGCUUGUGUAGUCAGCAGGGCUGGCCCUGCCCCAAGGACUCACUGCAUGUACCCGGACCCCUAGGCCUGGCCUUUGCAGCAUAGUUGGGAGCUUCUGGAUUCCAUCUGCACCUGUGAGCCCCAUGCUGGCUGUGCACUGCGCGGGCCUGAGACUGCUGGAUACAAUGUUGGGCAACAACUCAGCCAGCCUGAUGGCAGCCUCAGAGGCUUACUCUAACCCAUCCCAGAAUAAAUGGAGACUUCAUGUGUU